AUGGCGGCGCCCGGGGUUCGCUGCCUGUGGAGAGUACUGGCUCCGAGUCGCGGAUGGGUCUUCCACGGGCUCGACCAGCGCCUGGCCGCCGCCCCUGCCUUGGUGAGCGCCUCGCCGCCCGCCCGGUUCUACGCUGCGGCAGCGAAACCUGCAAAAAAAGGUUCACAAAACACCAAGAAGGAAGAAACAAAAAAGAAACCAGUAACUAGGAGGAGGCCGCUGAUGAGCAAACCUGUGGAUGAUGUAUACUUGACAUGGCUUUACAAGAGGCCAUCCUAUGAGUUGGAAAAGGCUGUGGAAAUGCUAAAGAAGUUUCAGGAACUGGACUUCACUAACCCCAAACAAUUUGUCUAUAUUAAUGUGUUCCUAGAUAUGGCACUACAGAAGAAGAAAAAAGUGGAGCCAUUUUCAAGCACUGUUCUCCUUCCGUAUCGCUUCACAGAUGAAAUCAACAGAGUCUUGGUUUUCACAGAGAAUGAGCAAGAAGCUGAAAUAGCUCGAGAGAAUGGAGCUGCUGUUGUGGGAGGAGUUGAAUUAAUUAAAUGGAUUUUGGAAGAUGAAAUCCAAGUGGACUCCUAUGUAGCUGUUCCUGAAAUAAUGCCUAAGCUGAUACCAUUGAGGGGCAAACUGAAACGAAAAUACCCAAACACAAGGAAAAAUUCCCUGGGCCAUGAUAUUCCCCAGAUGCUGAAGUUCUACAAAGAAGGUCUUCAGUACUCAGUAGAAGAGGAGGAUGUCAUCAAGACAAGAAUUGCAAGACUGGAUAUGCCUGCUGAGCAGAUCAUUGCCAAUCUAAAAACAGUUAUCAAUGAUAUCUGCACGUUCAAGCCAUCAACUUAUGACCCAAUUGUGCAGAAGUUGGUUAUUAGAUCUGCAACCAGUGAAGGUCUGAUGUUGAGACUUAAUGGAAUUCUACCUCAGGUGGAAAAAGAAGGAGAAGGAGAAGAAGUGGAAGAAGAAGAAAAAGAAAAUGCAGAAGAUGAAGAAAAACCUGCCCAAUAAUCUGUUAGUACCUGAUGUCUUUCCUUGUAAAUCUGAAGACCAGCUUGGGAAGAAAAUGGUGUCACUGAAAUCUGUAUGGAAAGGAAAAAUAAAUCUGAGUGGGAAGCUGGUCUUUUUAUUCCCAUGUAAAUUCUGUGUAAGAAGAAACAUUGUCCCAGCCAGGAGUCUGCUGUCAA